AGGAGUGUACUAUAAAUUCAAGCCUCUCUCUGCAGCUCGUCCUCGUUCGGGGCAGUUUUGCGUGAAGUUUUUUGGUGUGCUUGCGUGGAAGUCCAGUCGGAGGAAAACUCGUUAAACCCUACUAAAGAAUAUUAGUAAGAUAUUUUUUUUAAAGCCAAAGGAUUACAAAAAUGGCCACGAGAACGCAAUCUUCUUACAAGAGGUUGUUUGGCGCGGAGAAACCCAUGAUGUCUCGGUCCAGCUAUUCAAGCCGCCAGUACUCCGUUCCGGUCCGCUCGCGUGUCAGUUAUAGUGUCUCAUCCGCACCCACCAUCUAUUCGACCAAAACUUCCAGGGUCCGAAGCAGCGCCCCGAUUACCAGGCUCACCUCCGAGACUCUUAAUUUCGCCCUGUCCGAUGCCAUCAACACCGAAUUCAAGGCUAACCGCACCAACGAGAAGGCAGAGAUGCAGCAUCUGAACGACAGGUUCGCCAGCUACAUCGAGAAGGUACGCUUUCUGGAGCAGCAGAACAAGAUUCUGAUCGCGGAGCUCGAGCAGCUGAAGGGGAAGGGCACCACGCGCAUCGGGGACCUGUACGAGGAGGAGAUGCGCGAGCUGAGGCGCCAGGUGGACCAGCUCACCAACGAGAAAGCCAGAGUGGAGGUGGAUCGCGAUAACAUGGCGGAGGACAUCGAGCGACUAAGGGAGAAACUCCAAGACGAGAUGCUUCAGCGGGAGGACGCCGAAAAUAACCUGCAGAGCUUCCGACAGGAUGUGGACAACGCUUCCCUGGCCCGUGUGGACCUGGAGCGGAAGGUGGAAUCCCUGCAGGAGGAAAUCGUCUUCCUCAGGAAACUGCAUGACGAGGAGAUCGCAGAGCUGCAGGCGCAGCUGCAGGAUCAGCACGUGCAGAUCGACAUGGACGUGGCCAAACCGGACCUGACCGCAGCCCUGCGGGACGUGCGCCUGCAGUACGAGAACCUGGCCGCCAAGAACGUCCAGGAGUCCGAGGACUGGUACAAGUCCAAGUACGCUGAUCUCUCAGAGGCCGCCGCCCGGAACAACGAUGCCCUCCGUCAGGCCAAGCAGGAGGGCAGCGAGUACCGCCGCCAGGUGCAGGCGCUCACCUGCGAGGUGGACGCCCUCAAGGGAACCAACGAGUCCAUGGAGCGCCAGAUGAGGGAGAUGGAGGAGAACUUUGGCCUGGAGGCCUCCAACUACCAGGACACCAUCACCCGGCUGGAGGACGACAUCCGCAACAUGAAGGACGAGAUGGCCAAGCACCUGCGGGAGUACCAGGACCUGCUCAACGUCAAGAUGGCGCUGGACAUCGAGAUCGCCACCUACAGGAAGCUGCUGGAGGGGGAGGAAAGCAGGAUUUCUACUCCACUGCCCAAUUUUUCCUCCUUUAACCUGAGAGAGUCCAUGCUGGAGUCCAGACCCAUAAUGGACAGCAUGUCCAAGAAGGUGGUGAUCAAGACCAUCGAGACCAGAGAUGGCCAUGUGAUCAACGAGUCCACCCAGCACCAUGACGACCUGGAAUAAACCAUCGCCUGAUUGGGCACCGGAAACAUGACAGACCUGGCGCUGACACGGAGGAGAGGUUGGAGAGAGGGAGAGGGAGAGGAAGAGAGCGAGAGGGAGAGACAUUCAGAGAGAGAGAGUGAGAGAGAGAGAGAGAGAGAGAUCAUAGGAGGAAGGGUGAUGGGGAGAGGGGGGGAGUCAUUCUGUUUCAUGUGACAGAAAUACAUAUGAAAAAUACUACACAAGUACAAACCAAGAAACAAAAGCUUUAAAAGUGCCUUUUUUCCAUAAUAUAUAGGAUCAGCUGGUAGUGUGUUAGGGGGAGAAUAGAGACAGGCUGUAGGAAUACAGAUUGUUCUUCUGAAUGUCACGGUUUACUGCACAGUCUUUAGUUUACACUCAGACAGUAACAUAAUACUUUGAGCAACACAGUAAAAAAAAAAAAAAAAAAAAAAAAAAAGAUCUUUGUUUUAAAUAGACCAAAUCGUUUGGGGUGAAACACCAUUUUGUUUUUCUUUUUUUUUUUUUUUUUUUUUUUUUUUUCUCUGUCGUUGUCUCCAAGCAGCGUGUACGCAAUAAGAAACUGUCACUGCUUCCGUACGUCAAUAAACCUUUUGAGAAAAGAAAA